UCCAGGUGUUUAUCGCCGCCCAACCAAGCGACUGCACAACUUGGUUGGUCGUUGCCGCAACAAGCGUUGCAAAGAUCAAAGGGUGAGGGAGCAACACACACACACACCUGCCUACCUGCGACCAUCAACACAUCGACGACCAGCAACACACGGAUCUACAACGACCAGCAUCCGCGAUCAACGCUCGCGAUCAAUACUCACCCUUCAUUCAUCCAGUGCAGCAAUUGAGCCCACCAAACUCAACACAACUCGGACAAACACUUGAACACACACAUACGCACACAUACAGACGUACACACCUAAACACAACGCGGUCAACGAUGAUGAGGGUGCGGAUGACAGCUGCUGCUGUUGCUGUUGUCCUCGUCCUCUUUCUGAGCGCUGGCGGCCGUAGUAGCGUCAAUGCCACAAUCACCUGCCCCUCACACAACACCAGCACUACAGCGGAUGCGCUUGAGUGUCCUUCAGGAAGCACCUGCUGUGAUAACGGCUGCUGCCCAUCCUCGCACGCCGUCUGCUGCCAUGAUGGCAAACACUGCUGUGCACAUGGAUAUCACUGUGCUGGCUCCCGCUGCGAGGCAGAUGAUGUGGAGCAGCACCCAUACAUGCCGUGGAUGCCGCUAUACAACCUGUGCCGGGGACCUUUGCCGACACAGCGGUUGAAGAACGUGGUGGAUGACACGGACUUUGUGUACUUCAGCGACAACGGCGACAUUGAGAGGCCGGACAGGUCAGGCAUCCGCAUGGCUGUCAUUGUGGUGCAUGGUGCUGCCCGCAAUGCCGACGAGUACUUCUGCUCCAUGCUCGAGGCUGCGGCGCUGCAGUCCCACUACCCGCGCAACUCCGUCGCCGUGUUUGCACCUUGGUUCAUGGAGCCCCAGGACAACCCUCCGGACGGCGUGGUGUACUGGAGCGGUGCGGACGAGAACGGCGUGUGGCGGUCUGGGCAGGAGUCGGAGCCCAGCGCAACCAAGACGGGCGCCACCACCAGUAGUUACGCCAUCCUCGACCGCAUGCUCAAGGCGCUCAACUCCACGCACACGUACCCGAAGCUGCAGCAGGUGACGCUGGUCGGGCACUCGUCUGGCGGACAGACGGUCCAGCGCUACGCCCUGACGCAACAUGCGCUGCACCUCGGAAGCGGGCUUGCCCGCGCGUUCCGCUAUGUGGUGGCCAAUCCUUCCUCCUACUGCUACCUCGACCCGCGCAGGUGGAUUGACGGGGACCUCGUCAUCCCCACGGAGGAGCAGCUCAACAACUGCGACAACUACAACAUGUGGGAGUGGGGCCUGGACGGCGCGUUUCCGCUGUACGUUGCCAACGGGCGGCCCGUGGACACCCUCAAGCAGGCGUACGCGCACCAGCACGUGGUGUACCUGCUUGGCGGCAACGACACGUGCAACGAGGACCUGGAGCCAGGCUGCCAGUCGCACGGCCUGGAGAAGACAUGCAUGGACAUGUUUGAGGGGCGGUUCAGGCUGGAGCGCGGGCAGCUGUACUUCAAGUUUGUGCAGGCGUUCUUCAAGCGGCCCGUGCACAACAUCUCCGUGGUGCCAAACGUGGGGCACGACCACACGCUGGCGUUCCAGUCCACGCAGGGCCUUGCUGCCAUCUUUGAGCCCGGUGACGACGUGUUGGGUGCAGCUGGUGGCGGCCUGAAGCAGGCGGCGAACGUCACGCUCGCUGUGCUGGCGUCGGCGGUGGUGGUGGCCAUAUUGGUUGGCAUCUACCGCAACCUCAAGCGCAAGUCAGCGCUCAUGCCGUCAUCCUUGCUCGGGCCUCAUGGUGGUAGUGGUGGUGGUGGUGGUGGUGGUGGUGGUGGCACCAACAACAGCAGCAACACGCUGCACUCUGCGCUCGCCUCUGUGUCGCAGCACACGGGCUCGGGGGCCAUCAUGUCGUCCUCGCGCUACCGGCAACUCAAGGACAGUGAUGAUGAUCAUGAUGAGCAUGAUGCUGGCAGCCAGCCCUACACUGUGUCGUCGAUUCGACAGCCUUUUGUUGACCGUGAUGACUGAUCGAAAUGUGUGUGUGUGUGUGUGUGUGU